AUGUCUGAUAGUGAAAGGCAGAUGGUGAAAUAUGAAGAGAAAAUGGUGGGGUUUUCUGGAGAGAAGAGGUUUGUGGAGCCGACAAACGUUAACAUAAUCCUUCAAAGAGCACCAAGUUUCAAUGAAGUAAUGCUGUUGGGGGUUUGGGGAAGCCCAUUCAGUAGAGUGGAAAUAGCUCUGAAGUUGAAAGGUGUGAAAUAUGAAUACCUAGACGAGGACCUGCAGAACAAGAGUGCUUUGCUGCUCAAAUACAACCCCGUUCACAAGAAGGUUCCUGUGCUUGUCCACAACGAGAAACCAAUCGCGGAGUCCCUCGUUAUUGUUGAAUACAUUGACGAGACUUGGAAGCAUCAAGGCUCUCCCAUUCUGCCUGAAGACCCUUACCAAAGAGCCAAUGCACGCUUCUGGGCUCGCUUCAUUGAUGAAAAUUGCAAGCCGGGAAUAAUCAAAGCUUUCUUUGAGAAGGAGGACCGUGAGAAGGCGGUGGACGAAGCGCGUGGGCUUCUAAAACUACUUGAAAAUGAGCUCAAGGACAACAAGUUCUUUGGGGGAGAGACUAUUGGAUUCGUAGACAUUGCUGCUAACUUGAUAGGCCACUGGCUUAAACCAGCUCAAGAAGCUUUGGAGUUGGGUCUGCUGAGCAAAGAGAAAUCUCCUAAGCUCUGGGAUUGGUAUGAUGAGUUUGUCAGUUUUGUUAAGGAAACUCUGCCUCCUACAGAUAACCUAAUUGGCCUCAUCCUUAGUCGCGCAAGUUCGACAUAG